AUGUCCACGCCCAACAUUGUAACUCCUGCAGGACGUGAACACACCGAUAUUCGUCAUGUUGACGAGACUCAACUUAUAGUCGAUGAUGCUGAGGUCGCCGAAGACGACUCAUCAGAGCUUGGUGGUAGUAUUGCUUCUUCCCAGCAGACUGCUAGUAGUAUUGCUAGCUCCAUUUGGAACUUCCAACUUGAGAAUGGGCGAACGUACCAUCGGUACAAGGAAGGAAAAUAUCAAUAUCCGAAUGACGAGAAGGAGACCGAGAGACUAGACCUCCAACAUGAGCUUUGUCUCCUCACUCUGGACCGGAAGCUUGGUCUGGCACCGCCAAACGACGAGAACUCCAAGGUUAACCGUGUGCUUGAAAUAGGCACUGGGACUGGGCUGUGGGCCAUCGACUUCGGAGAUGCCCACCCCAAUGCAGAGGUUCUUGGCGUUGACCUUUCUCCCCCAGCAGCGGAGAUUCCACCGAACGUAGUAUUUGAGGUCGAUGAUGUUGAAGAACCAUGGGCGUACACCCAGCCCUUCGACUACAUCCAUAGUCGAUUCAUGACAUCGAGCAUUUCGAAUUGGGAGAAAUACAUCCAGAACUCCUUCAAUAAUCUUACCCCCGGAGGCUACUUCGAGCUUUUGGAGGUCGGUGGCCAGCUUCAGUCAGACGACAACACGCUGAGACCUGACUCCGCCGUUGUAACAAGCGGUAAGCUUUUGAGAGAGGCAUGUGCAAUUCUGGGCCGGCCGUUUCAGAGCAUUCCGUCUUUAGUCGACGUCAUGAAGGAAGUUGGCUUUGUCGAUAUCGUUAUGACCAAGUACAAGUGGCCUAUGAAUUCGUGGCCCAAAGACCCGAAGCAUAAACUCAUCGGCACUUGGUCACUCCACAACAAUCUUGAAGAAAUUGAAGGUUGGACCAUGGCUGCCUAUACCAGAGCGCUGAACUGGAAGAAAGAGGAAGUGCAGGCCUUCCUGGUCGAUGUCCGGAACGGACUGAAAGACAAGAGCAUGCAUGCAUACAUGCCGAUUUACGCUAUCUACGGGAGGAAGCCAGAGUGA